AUGAAUGAAACUAAAGUUAGUCUUCCCAGGAAAGGCAAAGCUCAGAUCGGUUUUUAUUUGACCGUUCCGUUUGUGACACAAAUAAUUAUUUUAAAUGAUACCCUUAAGGCGCUCCACCCCUUGAUGAUUCACAGUAACAUUAUUUCUAUGUCAGAGAAUAGCUGUAAAGGCUCUAUAGGUGUUGAUCAGUGUACUCUAGAAAUCAAGGCGUAUUCCUAUGACGACAAGACCAAGUAUGAAUUAGAUGAUUGGCGAAAAACUCACUAUAUCACGGUCUAUCACAUUGACUCAGAUGGAUAUAACUUCGACAAAACAGCGACACUUUCCUUAAAAACAAGUGAAAUUCAAGAUGGAUUUUUUCAUCAUAUGUCUUUAGACAAUACCUCUAUAGAAAUUUUUGAAGCGGAAGAAAGGUGGAAAGGGAAAUCUUGCGGUUCAAAAACUGAUCCUCAUCUAUAUACAUUUGAUGGAGUGGCAUUUGAUAGCCACAUUGCAGGAGAGUUUAUCCUGUAUCGUAAUUGGAAAUACAACCAAGAGGUUCAAACUCGUCACGAGAAAUGCCACGCAAAAUACCCUUUCCCGCAGUGCACGUGUGCUGUUUCCAUUCAGUCAGGAAAAGAUGUGUUCAUGAUUGACAUAUGUGAAAACAACAAUUUCAUGGACUUUCUUAUAUGUCAAGAUAACGUCAUUGAAGUAUACAAAAUUACGGACAAAAACUAUAAGGUACUACUUCCUACUGGAACCUCUGUGUCUGUAUCUUUGGUUGAAUGGCCUGUUGAAGGAUCAUGGCAGAUAGACCUAGAUAUCUACCCGUCCUUGGCUGAUGUCAACAACACUGAGGGUCUCUGUGGAACGUUAGAUGGAGAUAGAGAGAACGAAUUCACAAACAAAAGUGGAAGCAGUCUUAACUUGGAUUAUCCUGAUGAUUUUUCUAGAUCAUGGAUCGUCCAAAACCACGAAAGCAUCUUAAACGGUGUACCAUCAGAUCGUCCUUCGAUAUCCAGUACUCUUGAUAAAAUUUGUACUUGUCCUAUCAGCGGGGAGCAGUGUUCUUAUCAGACAUCCUCACAAUGUUCCAAACCUAAAGGAAAGCAGUUCCAUUGCACUCGAAUAAUAAAUCAGGUGCAACCAACACGUAAAAAGAGGGCUGUUCAACUAAAUAGUAAUCUGGAAUCUUCUGCUCAAGGAAAUAUCGCCAUUAGUCGACAAAAGCGGGAACUAACAAUUUACGUGACAAACCAGACCAUAGCUGAGGAUGUCUGUAAAUCUGCGUUUAUCAGUUCAGCGCCAUUCCGGACAUGCGAGCAGUAUGUCAGCGACAUGACCAACUCCUCUCUAUCGAACUGCAUCAUGGACGUCAGAUUGACUGGGGAUGUAAACAUUCCAGUUAUCCAUAUUGAAGCAGCCUUUCAGCAGUGCAUUCAAUUUCUUGACCUGAACACCACACUAAAAACGGAGCAGCCUGAUGUCACGUAUCAACUCCAGUCUCUGUGUUCAAAUAACUGUAGUGGUCAUGGAGUCUGCACGGAAGGUAACUGCACGUGUGAUUCUGGGUUUGGAGGAAGUGACUGCUCUUUCAAUGUCCGAUCACCCCCCUCUAUCCUUUACACUGCACCAAAUAGAACUUGUGAUUUAUCUUCACGUACCUGUUCCGAGGUUCUCCUAGAAGGCAGAUACUUCCUUGAGAAUAUUAAGAAAACAUGUUUUAUUAGAAGAGAGUUGGUGCAUCAUAACAACACAAUCGUGUAUACCUCCGACACUGAAGAACCUCUAGAUGACCGUACGUUAUUUCAAGGAGCAUGUCCUUUGCCUGAGGACAAUAGGGUGACCUGGAUUACGAAGUUUACAUUCAAAAUCUCCUACGAUAGGAAUCAAUUCUCCCCGUCUUAUUCGAUAUACAAAUAUCAAUCUGAAUGCCAGCAGAUUUCUUAUGUAAACGGUGCUGAACAGGUCAACCUUAAGGCAGAUUAUUGUUUUAUUGACAACACAUGUAUAAGAAAUGGAGCUUUCAAACCGGGAAACAUCUGUGAGGUUUGCUAUCCUUCAAGUCAGAAGUUUGAGUGGUCAUUGCAUGAAGAUUGUAUUUUAACCACGUUGACGCCAACAACCAAGGAUCCAUUUACCAGUCUUGCUUUUAUCAUCACUGUUUCUGCAGCUUCCUCCAUUGUUCUUGUGACAUUACUUGUUGUCUUUCUUGUCUGUCGGUGUCGAUCGUCUACUCGACGUGCCUUCAAUGACUAUGACUCGACGAGGGACAUGAAUGUCCCUGGGUGGAGAAGGCACCUUGACGUCGGAGAAAAUUCCCAAAAUUGAAACAUUCCAAGAGGUCGGUGACACUCUGGUCAACGGGAUUACAGGAAUCGAGAAAACAAUUAUUAGUGCUAAGCUGACACUGAGCAGUUUUGGAGAGUUACUCAACUGUUGUCUUUCAAUAUUUAACAUAUCAACCGACAUUUUUUGAAGUUCAAUGUAGAUCAAAGUGAAGAUCCGUUGUUAAAAAAUGAAAACGAAAUAUCAUUGUAGCUAUACAUGACAUCCUAUUGUAGGUGUCAGUAAAAAAAUGAAAGCAUAUUCAAAAGAGUGAAGUAAAGAAUACCAGAACAUUACAACGUGUAAUAAAUACAUAAACGAAAAAAAUUACAUAAACUGUUUACACUAUACUUUGCAUGCUGUGAUGAUAUUUUUUAUUAUUUAUCUUUUUGUUGUAUAUUCUUAUACUUUCACGAUGUGCAUUUUUUUUUGUUAAAGAGCAUUUAAUUGGCUUUGUACAUGUGAAAUGUAUUUUUCUUAGCAAUUCAUGAAACCUGCAUGAUAAUCGUAAAAAUAAUGCUACUUGUAUUUAAAAUCACAUUUGUCAUUAUCACUCUUAAAAUUUGUCAUUUUAUAAUUUCAUUGAAUUGUUCGAAAUAAAAAGCUUUACCAUGAA